AUGGAUAGUCAACUUAGCUCAAUUCGACCUAAGGUUCAUGCCCCAAAAGUCUAUCAAGGAAUCCGAGUCUCUGAUUUCUUGGUAGACUUCCCAAUUGAAGAAUCUACACCGAUACAAGAAAAUGACUUUCCAGAUGAGGAGUUAACGGUCACUGUGGAUGAUACGUGGACAUUAUACUUUGAUGGUACAUCCAACCAUAAAGGAUGUGGCGUAGGAGUCUUACUAGUAUCGCCUAAAGAAGAGCAUGUCCUAAUCUCUAUAAAGCAUGACUUCGACGUCACCAACAAUGCUGCAGAGUAUGAAGCAUGUGUGGUAGGCCUCGAAAUAGCCUUGGCAUUGGGAGUCAAGAAACUUCGAAUAUUCGGAGAUUCAUCUAUUAUCAUCAACCAGAUUUCCAAAAGAUGGAUGGUGAGGAGUGAAAGCCUAGAUCCAUAUCAAACCUAUUUGGAAACCCUUACUGAUCAACUUGAAAAAGUAGAGUACACAAACCUACCAAGAGAAGAAAACCAAUUUGCUGAUACCUUGGAAAGACUAGCCUCAAUGGUUAGAAUUCCUAAGGAAAUUGAGCAAAUGUCUUUGACAAUAGAGAAAAGGCAUAAGCCUGCUUAUAUUCAAGCUAUUGGGGAUGAAGAAUAA